ACGGAAAGUGUACAGAAGUUGGAAUCGGAACGGAAACGUAUUUGCCUCUCUGGAAAUUGCUUGUGAAGUUUCUAUUUGAUUUUGACUCUCUCUCUCUUUGCCUGCUUUCCAUUCAAUUCUUUCCUUCUUCUGAUUGCUUUAUAAUCAUACCUCUUCCAGGGGUUUUCUGUAUAUGUUUGAUGUUGUUUUCUUAGAAAGAGCUAUUGAAUUGGAAAGAUCUGAACUUCGAGUUUUAGCGCUUCACCCAUAUCGCGAAUACAAAGAAUGUCAUACGCUUACCUCUUCAAAUACAUCAUCAUCGGCGAUACCGGUGUAGGGAAGUCAUGCCUUCUACUUCAAUUCACUGACAAACGCUUUCAGCCUGUCCAUGACUUAACCAUUGGUGUUGAAUUUGGCGCCAGGAUGAUUACAAUUGAUAAUAAGCCAAUCAAGUUGCAAAUAUGGGAUACGGCUGGUCAAGAAUCUUUCAGGUCUAUUACAAGGUCUUACUACAGGGGAGCUGCCGGCGCACUUCUUGUCUAUGAUAUUACAAGGAGGGAGACAUUUAACCACUUGGCUAGCUGGUUGGAAGAUGCAAGGCAGCAUGCGAAUGCAAAUAUGACCAUUAUGUUAAUUGGCAAUAAGUGUGAUCUUGCUCACAGAAGGGCAGUGAGCACUGAGGAAGGCGAACAGUUUGCUAAAGAGCAUGGGUUAAUCUUCAUGGAGGCUUCAGCAAAAACGGCCCAGAAUGUUGAAGAGGCAUUCAUAAAAACAGCUGCAACCAUAUAUAAGAAGAUUCAGGAUGGUGUUUUUGACGUAUCAAACGAGUCUUAUGGAAUAAAAGUGGGAUAUGGUGGAAUUCCCGGACCAUCUGGAGGCAGGGAUGGCUCGUCUUCACAGGGUGGAGCCUGCUGCAGUUGAAGUGGAACAUAACCUAUUUGCUCCUUAUUUGCAUUCUCUUGUGGUUUUUUGAUUGUUUUAUAAUUUGGGUCUGGACAUUGAUAAAGUGAGGAAUGGUAUGAUAUAAUAUGGGCUGAACCAAUCUACUUGGUGCAAUUGAUUGAUUAGUUAUUUCUGUAUUCUUAGACAUGUUGGUAAAGAAUUGUUCGUUUAUUGAAAUAUAAGCGUGAUGUUUCUCUCUUC